CAGCGUUGUUUACUUGUUUCCUGUUUAGCCACUGGCCAGUGAUCCGUGGUGUUUGAGUAGCGGCAGUGUUGAAUGUGGAAAACGUGGGUGUUUGUGAAAGAUGAUGGCUCUACAAAAUGAAAGAAGAACUGUUGUUCCUUGGUUUUCGAUGGCUGAAUGGGAUGCCACUUACAAAAAUAUUUAUUCAAGCAGUACAGAGUUGCAGUUUAUGGCAUACGAGAGACUGUUAGUGUGGAAAGCAAGGUGCCAAAGAUUACCUUUAGCAGUGGAGUGUACUAUGGGCAUGCUGCAAGUGCUUAUUAAAGAUAAACAGCUUGUAGCACAAAUUGACAGUGGUUUUAUGCAUCCAUAUCAGGAACAUGAUCUUCGUCUUCAGUAUUCCACAUCAGUCAUGAGAUUUUUGAACCAAAUUGCUGUUCUUACAAAAUCUUCAUCUGAUACACUAUACCAGGCUGCAAGGAAAAUGCAUGUUCCUGACUGGUUGGUUGGCUUGCGUCAUGACAUUGCUCAUGGGACAACACUUCCAUCAUUGGCACUGUUGAGGAAAGCUGCACAGUUUGCUCUCACAUGGUUGCAUGAAUACUACUGGAAAGGUGAAGCCACUGCAUCAUCAGAUUUUGUAGUUGCAGAAGGGGAUCUUGGUGAUACUGAAGACUCUGAAGAGCUUAAAGAACUACUUGAAAUGUGGCAAGCCCUAAAAUUGUACUCACUAGCCGAAUAUGAACAUCUAGGGCAGAUUCCUGAUGGGCCACUGAGGAAGUUUUUGAAGCAGAUUACAGCUAUUAAAGAUGCAGGAUUUAGAGGAGCAAGGAACGAAGUUGAAACAUUUCUUGCUAAUACAAGUAAAAAGAAGCAGCCUAAAGGUAUAGUGAAUGCAGAUGAAUUGAUGCCUCUCAAAAAUGCAGCAGAAAGUUUGGAGAAAAAGUUGUUAAACUACAUCAAAAGGAAUAAGUGUUCACCUGUCAUACGUGACAAAGCUGUUGACUAUUUACUGAGUGGUCAGGUAUUUAUACCACCUGCUGGUAUAUGGAACAUGUUCACAGCGGAUAGCACAGAUGAGUCUGAUCAUCUAGCACCAUGGUUAAUUGAAAUCUGGAGCCCUAUGCUAAACUUGUUGCAACAGAACCUCAAUAUUUUACCUACACUUCUGUGUCGACUUGCCUCGGCAACUGCAGAUAUACAGUUAGAACAACACCAGCAGAGGGUUGCAGCACUUUGGAUGAGAGAAUUAUUUGCAGCCUGUGCCAAGUCACAACUAAUCCUCAAAGCUGCAUGUUCAGAAUUUUCUUGGUGUGACAAAAAUGUACCAAAAGAACUGUGGAGUAAGGCUGAGAGACUUGUGGUUAAGAAACAGCCUCAUUUUGAACGCAUAAUUAGUUUAAGAAUUUCUGAAUUACCUGAUGCAACUUUGUCUGUUGAUGAUGUUAAAGAAAUUCUUCUUUCGCCAAGCAGCUGGACACAUUUAUUCUUACCAGAAAUGCUGGAACUGGUCAGUUUGCCGCAAAGAGUGAGAGAGAGCUUGAUAUCACUUGUUUGUAUAUACACUCAAGAUUUGAAUGUUUAUGAUGUGGAUCCAGAGGAAGAUACUGAUGAUGAGGAAGUGCAUACUGUGGCAGACCUAGCGUCCUGUAUACCAGAGGCAGUAACAGAGGAAAUGACAGACUUUGUAAGCAAUGCAGUUGUAGAAGAACAUAGCAUGGAUGACACAUCUGCAACAUGGAGUAGAAGUUGUGGGAAUUUUGAUUGGACCAGAUGCCCUUUGGGGCUAUUGCCAUGGCAGAAAGGAAAUAAUGUGUUGGAUCUUGAUUUUAACAGUGAUGUUUCUUGGCAGUCUUUUAAAUUGCAAGAGCCUGGAGAACCAAAAAGUUGUGAUGAACAUGACCUACCAAGCCAAAUAGAUUGGAACAAAAUACUGAAAAAGAGGAUAAGGAAAGGAAGAGUUACAAAACGAAAAAAGAAAAUAAAUAAUGUUCUUAAGAACGCCUUCCAGAUGGUUUACAAAGCUACAUGAACAGUAAUAAAAAGUGAUCAGAUACUACUGUUUGUUCUUGUUGCAUUUAAACAUCAUUUUAUACCAUAAAAGGUUAAUUCCACGACUACUAUAUGAUCUUGUUUUUCAUUUUGUAUAUACAUGAAAUUGAUGGUGGUACAUUAAAGGCUAUUGUU